CAAAUUAGCAAACAAUAUCAAGAUCACAACAAAAAUGUUUCGCAAAAACUAUUUCCAAAUUAUGGAGUAUUUUUGAAAAAUUAUUUGAAAAUGAGUUCCGUAGGCGGUAUAGAUGCUGUGCGGGUCAAAGUAGCCGUAAGUAUAUAAAAGUUAAACGUUUUGAUCGCUAGCUUUCGUGCCAUGAAAGUACCUGUUUGUAUAAGCUUAAGCUACGUGGCCAGUGAUCAAGUUUGUAAUUUGAUUUUGCUAAAAUAGGAUAUUACACCUUUUUUAGCUAAUUUAUUUUGUAUUCUGUUUCUAGUUGGAAGAAAAUCCCAACGAUAUUCGUCGAUUCGUAAUCGACCCCAACAUCACUACAUUCGCCGAUUUGUAUAAAUGGAUUCAAAGGGCAUUUUAUAUAAAAAGGUAUUUAAUACUGACGAUUAUGAGUUUAUUAAAAAGUCAUAAAUGUUAUCGCCUGUACCGUUAAUAUUAGUUGUUUAUAAUACGUAUUUUUCGAGACGGUUUUUGGAAUAGAAAAGUAGGGUAAAGGAAAUUAUCUUAGUCAUGUCACACAUAGAAGUAACCCAUUCAGUUUAUUGUAUAUCAAUUAACCCUUUAAGUGGCAAUGCACCCUAUUUUAGUAUUUUACUCUGUCUAACGCCAGACGAUUUUAUUGUCAAGUGGAGAGUGCUGCCACUCAGUAUACGUAAUUGUGCGAUGGCCAGUACAAUUAGGGAUUAAUAGUGUGAUGUUUGGAAAAUUUUGCCAAAAUUGGACGAGCCGCCGGGGCUGAGUACUAUUAAUCCCUAAUUGUACGAGCAACAGCGCAUGAUUACUUGUUUAUUAUUAGCAUGACAAAAUUGGAUACUUCUCGAUGUCAACAUCAUAUUCUCUCGCCAAAGCCCAGUCCUGCCAGACGUUUAACCAAAACUUUGUGCUUUUGUUCGUAUUUUCAUUUAGUUCUUUUGUUAAAGCAAAAUUUGGUGCUUUUGUUCGUAUCUAGUUCCUCUGGGGCAAUUUCAGUUCACGUUUGUGUUUAAAAUACCUUUCCGCCAUUUUGUUUGUUUUGGGAAAAUCAUUAAUUGUACUGCAGUACAAUUAAUGAAAUAAUUGUACUCCUCUCAACCAAUCAGUAAUUUUGUCAUGCUAAUAAUAAAUGGGUUAACAGGAUGCAUUGCCAGAUAGUGUGAUUAACCCAUUGAGUGGCAGCACUCUCCCCAUGACAAGUAAAAUUGUCUGGCGUUAGACAGAGUAAAAUGAUAAAGUAGGGCUUGUCAGGGCACAUUGCCACUUAAUGUAGAGGCCGGGUUAACAAGAUGCAUUUGCAGAUGUGUGAUUAACCCAUUCAGAGGUGUAACUUAACACUUGCCUCGGGCAAGUGAAUAUCAUGGUAAACAUUUUAACUUGCUUGCCCAAUUGGGCAUAUUGCCUUGCCACAAAAAGGCAUCUUUAAGUUUAUGUUUUCAUUGUCGGAUAAAUUUUUUUAUAGUGCAUGUACAGAUGUACUCGAUUUCAAAUUUUGUUCUUUGCGGGCCAAAGUUAGAUCUGAGGCAGUAUAACAUAGCCAUAGAGAGCAGUGGGAGAACGGGUCGACAUGUUGUCCCCUUAAUUUAUAUCCCUACCUAGGUUCCCCAUUGUCUGAUGAUUCAAUAAAAAAAGUAAAGUUACACCACUGCCAUUGAGUGGCAGUGCUCUCCACUUGGCAAGUAAAAUUGUCUGCCAUUAGACAGAGUAAGAUAAUCUGGCAUUAGACAGAGUUAAAAUAAUAGAGUAGGAUGCUUCAGGGCACAUUGCCACUUAAAGGGUUAACAGGAGUUUCAUUAACCUAUUAAGUGGCAGCAUUCCCCCUUGACAAGUAAAAUUGUCUGUCGAUGGACAGAGUAAAGUAAUAAAGCAGGGCACAUUGCCACUUAAAGGGUUAACAAGAUGCAUUGGCAGAUUAACCCAUCGAGUGGCAGCACUCUCCCCCUGACAAGUAAAAUUGUCUGGUGUCAGACGUCGCGUUUCAAAUAUCGCGCUUCUCAUUUCUCAUGUGCCAAACUGAGGUAUUUCAGCUGAUUAUCUAUUGUGUUCAGCACAAGAGAAGAGCGACGUUUGAGACAGGCCUAAAAUAAUCUGGCAUCAGACAGAGUAAAAUAGUAGAGUAGGGUACAUUAGGGUACAAUGCAACUUAAAGAGUUAAGCUCACCUCUCUUUGAAAUAAGUUAAUUAAUAUACAUACUCUUCUUGCCUGACCUGAAUGAGACUGGUUCCCUCCCCCCCUGAUCGAUUCUUUUUUUGUGUACAGGAAUUUGGAAAUUUCACACAGACUCUCAUGUGGGAACAGCCUGUUAAAUUUCACUAUUACCUCUGAUAAGGAUCUACAAGAGGCGGUAGUGGCAACAGUAAAUUCUCCUUACCUGGAACUGAGCAUCCAUGUUACAGAUGAAAGUAAGAAUUUCUACGUUGAUCAUUGUAUUCAGUUGCUGCAAGUGACGUCACAACUCUUCAUAUGGCAUAAUUGUCUGACUUCUGCCAUUUUGGGUGGAAAAUGUUUAACGCUAAAAGCCUAAAUAAAAACAUACACAGCAUCAAUAGACCUUACCCCUUUUGAGUGAAAUUUGAUCUAGAGAAGUCUGGACAAAAAUUUCAUCACAGCUUGAAAGAACAUCACAAAAUUAGUAAUAUUCCGAAGUUUCGUUGCGAAAUGUUGUAAAAUGCGGAUAAUAUAGCCUUGCGAAGUUUGUCGUUUUUCAGUCAUUUUGUAUUACAAAUGGGAAAUUAAUAAUCAGUUUGAUCAUCUGAUUAUCAAUUUCCCGUUUGUAAUGCAAAAUGACUGAAAAACGGCAAACUUCGCAAGGCUAUAUUAUCCGCAUUUUACAACAUUUCGCAACGAAACUUCGGAAUAUUACUAAUUUUGCGAUGCUCUUUCAAGAUGUGAUGGAAUUUUUGUCCAGGCAUAUCUAGAUCAUAAUCUCACUCAUAAGGGGAAAGGUCUAUUAGCUGCCAAAGUUCACUGCUUAAGGCUUUAGUGUCGUGUCAUGAAGUGUUAAGAAAAUAAAAUGUCAGUACGCCUCUUCACUAGCGAAAAACAAAUAGACACACAGUACAUAUUGUAUUGUUUCAAAGUCUGAUUUUUUUUGCACAUCGUUUGCCGUUUGGAAAAGUGAUGUGCAAUUUUCACUAUUUGGUACAGAACGACAUGCAAAUUGCACAUUGCACACUGUUAAAAUCCGAACCCUGGACUUACUGGGUUAGUGACUAAUGCCUAAUGGACGAUACUAACUUCUAUUUUACAGCUGUGGUACCAAACGAGAGUGAAGAUUGGAUAGUAUUAGACGGUUAUGACAUCCCUAUGAUUAAGGAUAUCAGAUCAUUUGGUAACAGACUAGCCCUACCUAUAGCCUCGGCUCUUCGAAAGCGAGUCGAGAACACGUUAUACCAGAUCACCAGUGCUUUUAUAGACACGAGCCGGAAGAGUCCUUUGGGCGAAUCUGAUUGGUUGGCACACUUUGAUGACGAAGGCCGUUUGAUAAACCCACAGGAAUUGUGGGUCAUUGUCUUCAACUGGGGGGUGGAACCGACCUUACGAAAAGACGUUUGGAAACAUCUCUUGAACGUGUUCCCCCCGGAUUUGACUGAAAUAGACAGAGAGAAAUAUUUGUUAAUGAAAUCUAAGGUGUACUGGCAGAUACGGGCCUCUUGGAAAAGGGAAGACCAGUUACCAAAGACCGAACCCCUCAGGGACAUGGUUUGGAAAGAUGUCAGGCGGACUGACCGAACCUAUCCGUACUUCGAUGUCCCUGAUGAGCAUCAGCGUCUGACGUCAUUAUUCAACAUCCUGGUAACUUAUGCUAUCUUGAACCCGGAUGUUUCGUACGCACAGGGCAUGAGCGACCUGGCCGCCCCGCUUCUGGUUGUCAUGGAGGACGAAGCGGUGACGUUUACAUGUUUCUCCACGCUCAUGGCUCGCUGUAAGAAACAUUUCCUCCCUGACGGCAAGGCGAUGUCUUUGAAGUUUGACCACUUAACUCUUCUCGUACAAAAAUUUGAUCCGGAAUUAUACAAGUAUCUUCUGAAAGUCGAAGCAGAUGAUAUGUUCUUCUGCUAUCGAUGGCUAGUGUUAGACCUCAAGCGAGAAUUCCAAUUCGACGAUGCCUUAAAUAUUAUGGAAGCGAUCUGGAGCUCUCUGCUGCCCCCUCCCCCCAAAGAUGCCCCCCAGUCCCCAAGUGGAGAAACGUUCAACACCGCGAACAAAUUAUGCAAUCACUCCAGUGCGGUAUUGCGGUCAGAGGGAUACAACUCGUUACCAUACUCCUAUCAAUCGCUCGUCAACGCGAACAAUGAUGAGAAUUUUUCUGACGAGGACGAAUACGCUCAGCUGAAUAUAAACGAUUUUGGCGGGAAACUCGAAUUGGUCUCCCUGCCCGACCCGUAUCAUUUAGGCGAUGGAAACCCAUUCACAUUAUUUUUAUGCCUCGCCAUUCUAAUUCUUCACCGCGAACGGGUCUUUAGCGAACAAGACUAUAACUCUUUGGCGUCUUCUUUCGAUAAAAAAGUGAGAAAGCAUGACGCGGAGAAGGUUUUGAGCAAAGCAAGGCAGUUGUUCUCGCAGUAUCUUAGACAUUGUGAAAUUGUGGACAAUAACGAGUUCGUCUCGUUGCAAAAACCGAAGGAAAAAGUCAAAGAGAAAAAGAACGACUCCUGGUUCGAUGAUAACUCGUGUGAAAUUGUCUCUAGUUCCGGACAAGAAAUACAAUGCUGAUAUAAUCUUCAACACAUAUGACAAAACAUAAGAUUUUUAAAAUUGUUUGCUUCCUAUGCAAAAUGCAGCCAAAAUUAGUUAUGCCAAUUCUCAGGUGACAUUCGUGUUGACAAAAACGUCACUAAUAGUUAACCAAAUAUUAUCUUUGUAAUGACGUCGGUCCGACAGCCGGUCACGUAUAGUACAAGCUUAAAGGCCUUUUCCCACCAAAGAAAAAUUUCCACGGACAGAAAAUAUCAUUGUUAAAAGUUUCAACUUCAAAAGCUUUUUCCGACCGAACAUUUGUGUCGGCCAACCAAAAUUUUCUUUCUGCGAAAAAUUUUCUUGAGCAGACAUGGGCUCUAAGAUGUGUUCGCACUGCUUGUUCCCAGUUUUGACAAGUCCGUCAGUUAUCAUCUUGUAACAAGGUUGAGCCAACAGACUCGCAACAAGUCGUUCCAAACAAGUCUGAUAUCGUCUGCACGUAACGACGUGCAAUAAUAAGUGAAUAAGUUGUUAACAUGACAAUUACAAGCUAUUAAUAAACAAGUGUGUUAAUAAGCAAGUGUGUUAAUAAGUUGUUAACAUGACAACAAGCUCGUAACACCUUGUUAAGGCCUACUUUGGGGGCCAAGGUCGCCUAAUGUCGCCCAUGUGCACCAAAUUUUUGAACUUUGCCUAACACCUCGCCUAAUGUCGCUCCCUGUGGCCCAGUUUCGCCCAGCGGCGCAAACUACUUUUCUUUCAAAAUUGCCAAUGUCGCCUAAUGUCGUACAAUGUUGCACAUAAUAACGGCGACGUUGGCACCCAAAGUAGGCCUUUGUUACGAACAGGCUGUACUAGUCUUGUUGGAACAACUUGUAGCGAGUCUGUUACCGUCAUCAACCUUGUAACAACGUGUUCCAGACUUGUCACAACAACUGGGAACAAGCAGUACUAGUGCGAACACAUCCUGUACGAUUGGCACUAUUUACCAUUGAUUUUUUAUGACUCGCUUAAUUAAGCUUUUCAAUUUCCAAUCUGCGAACGGGCAUAUUCUGCCUUACAAAAUUAAAUAGGGAUUCAAAUUACGGUCUGAGGAGGUAGCGUAAAGCUUAAGCCAGAUAGAUCAGUAAAUUAGAUAGUUUAAUUUUUAUAUUCAGUCAAAUAGACAAUUCCCCAAUUUGUUUGAGUGCACACUGAUGCCUUGAAGUCGAGGCGGAAAAUGUAAUCCAAUGUGAAUAAGUAGCUUUCGCCAGCAAAUUCGGGCAGUGUCUAUUACAUUUUGUACAUAUAAGCCAAUUUAUUAAAGACGCAAUAAAAAAUAUUCAUAUUUUAGAAGAAAAUUUGCUUUGUUUGAGGUGGGAAAACUAUUUUGACUGCAUGCUUUUGAUUCCAUCCCGCUGUCCAAAGUCAACUGCUACUCAAAAGCC